AUGGAGGACUGACAGGAGCGACUGACCCACCCAAAUAAUUUGAUCUUGUUUGGGCAUUAUUCCGAACGCAAAGAUGUCUCGAGCAAUGAUACCCAGUCAGCAAAAGCUGGCCGAAAAGCUAACCAUCCUCAAUGACAGGGGUGCAGGGAUGUUAACGCGGAUCUACAACAUCAAAAAGAUGCUUGGAAACCCUGAGAACAAACCUCCGUUCUUGUCCGAGAAAACUCUUGAAAGCUCAAUGAGGACUAUUGUGAAGAAGUUCCCUGUGUUAGAUGCAAGAGGAACAAGUGGGAUGUCUUCUAUCAACAACUUCAAGAAUGAAGUGGUCAAAUCAUUAUCACUGUAUUACUAUACAUUUGUGGAUAUCAUGGAUUUUAAGGAUCAUGUGACAGAUCUGUUGACUACAAUGGAUGCUUGCCAAGUUCAUCUCAACAUUAUUUUGAACUUUGACCUGACGAAGCAGUACUUGGAUCUGGUGUCCACGUACACCAGUAUAAUGAUUUUAGUGUCCAAAGUGGAGGAUCGUAAGGCUGUCCUGGGGCUGUAUAAUGCAGCACAUGAGUUCCUUCACAGCACAAGUGAUCCGUCUUUCCCAAGACUUGGACAGAUGAUCUUGGAUUAUGAUCCACCAAUGAAAAAACUUGCAGAAGAGUUCAUUCCACAUUCAAGGUUGUUGUUACCUGCCCUGCUCUCACUCCACAAGAUCUACCCCCAGCGGACGUGGUCAGCUGAACAGAUGAGGUCUCAGCAGUUGCUCAGUCUGAUGGGGGAACCAACCAAGAUCAUGAAUGUGCCACUGACAGACCAGAUUCAGUGUGAAUAUUUAUCACAAGAUUCCAUGGAAAAAUGGGUCAUCUUUGGGAUGAUGCUGUGUUAUCAGCACCUGUCAGACCCCCAGGCCUGGGACCUGUGGAAGACAGCUCUACAGGCAGGCUACAUCGUACAGCUGUGUCGUGACGAAGUUCUCCAUAUACAUAGCUACAUCACCAACUUCUUUGACAGCCUGAAGGGUCAUAACAUACAGAGCAAACGUAUGACAGAGGUGAGGGAGUUUCAGAGCAGUGCUCUACAAACAGGACCAACUCUACAUCGAGAGAGGAGGAAAUUUCUCCGCACAGCUUUGAAAGAGCUGACAGCCAUUUUUACAGAUCAGCCAGGGUUGUUGGGACCAAAGGCCCUGUUUGUGUUCCAAGCAGUGUGCAUGGGUAGAGAUGAAAUUCACUGGCUGCUGCGUCACUUUGACAACCCCCCAUCAAAGCGACACAAUAUCAAAAUAGCUCAAGAAGACUUUGUAGACAGGCAGCUGCCAGAACUUCUAUUUUACAUGGAAGAAUUAAAGGCCCUAGUGAAGAAGUAUAACCAGGUGAUGCAGAGGUACUAUGUCCAGUAUCUGUCUGGGUAUGAUGCUGUACUUCUCAAUCAGCUCAUACAGAAAAUGGCCAUGUGCCCAGAAGAUGAGUCUGUGAUAUUGUCCUCAGUCUAUAACACUAUUGCAGCUUUGACUGUCAAGCAAGUGGAGGAGAAUGAAUUAUUUGAUUUCCGGGGGCUGAGGUUGGACUGGUUCAGAUUGCAGGCUUACUCUAGUGUCAGUAAGUCAGGUUUGAUACUAAAAGACCAUGUGGAUCUGGCUAAACAUCUCAACACUAUCGUCUUUCACACCAAAAUGGUGGACUACCUGGACGAAAUGCUCAACGAAACCGCAGACCUCUCCAUAUACUGUUUUUAUACGCAGCAUUUUGAGCACCAGUUUAAACAGUGUAUGGAGUUUCCAGCACAACAUCGAUAUACUAUUGUCUUCCCUUUGAUCUGUGCCCACUUCAUGAAUGCUACACAUCACUUGUGUCCAGAAGAGCGGUACUCCAUAGGUACUACCAGUGUCCAGUAUGCAAACUAUUUUCUGAGGGAGAUGUCAGAAGAGGUCAACCAGGUCAUCACUGCCAUUUGUGAGGAACAGUCCAUUCUUCAUUAUAAGCUCUUACCAAAACACAGUGCAGCAUUACUUUCCCAGGCUCACCAGAAGAAAGACAUGAAGGGAAAAGUGAAGCGACAAGCCCAAGACCUGGAGAAACCUGGAGAAGAAAGCUACAGGAAGCGAAGAGAGGAUUUCAAGAGAAUGGACAAGUUGCACAUGGCCCUGACAGAGCUUUGCUAUGCUAUUAACUACUGCAAUGUCAUACAAGUGUGGGAACAUGGGUUUGUGCCCAGAGAAUUCUUCCUGCAGCACCUCGAAACUAGGUUCAACAAAGCGCUAGUUGGCAUGAUGAUGCACAACCCAGACACAAAUGAGAUAGCCAAGCCCUCAGAGAUGCUGACCUCAGUCAAUGCAGUGAUGGGGGUCCUGCAAGGCAUUGAAAACUAUGUUCACAUUGAUGUGGCCCGAGUGUUCAACAACAUCCUACCCCAGCAGACUCAGCCAACAGACAGCCUGUCAGGGGAGAAAACCAUCACAGCCAAAUAUAGUAACUGGUAUUUGGAAGUGUUGAUGAGAAGAGUCAGUGCUGGUAACAUAGUGUACUCUCCAAACCAAAAGGCAUUUGUCAGCUUAGUGGCAGACCCACAGUUCCCAAGUGCUGAGGAGUAUGCAGAUCUGAUGGAGUUAAGGGCCUUAGCAGAGCUCAUUGGACCCUAUGGUAUGAAGUAUAUGGGUGAGAGACUAAUGAUACAUGUGGCUAGUCAAGUGGAGGAAUUGAAGGGCUUGGUGAUUCAGAACAAAGAGUUGCUUAUUCAGCUGCGGUCAAGCUUUGAUAAGCCCGAAGUCAUGAAGGAACUCUUCAAAAAGUUACAGAGUGUAGACAGUGUCUUACAGAGGAUGACCAUUAUUGGUGUACUGCUCUCCUUCAGAGAUCUGGCCCAGGAGGCCUUGUUAGAUGUGUUAGAAGUUCGAAUUCCUUUCCUGAUGGGAAGUGUGAAGGACCUACAGCACUCUGUUCCUACCUCCAGCAAAGAUUCUCUGUAUCGGUCCCCACUCUCUCCCUACCCACAGACCUCUAUUAGGACUCAGGUAGUGAGUGAGAUGGCCUCCUCAGCUGGACUGGCCUGUAACGUGGACCCUAUCCUCUGUAAUGCUUUGCGUUCUCAGAAACCACAGCACGGUGAGGAUGAGUACAUCAUUGCCUGUCUCCUGAUGGUGUUUGUGGCUGUGUCCAUUCCCAAACUAGCCAGGAGUGAGAGUUCUGUGUAUAGGGCACAGCUGGAAGGUCAUGUGAACAACAUUCAUUGUCUGGCUAAAGCAAUCAACGGACUAGCUGGAGCACUAUUCAGUAUCCAUGGAAAAGGAGAUGUGGAGGAAAGGUUAAAAGAAUUCCUGGCUCUAUCAUCUUCCAGUUUGUUGCGUCUUGGACAGGAGACAGACAAAGACAUGAUCAAGAACAGAGAGUCUAUAUACUUACUGCUGGACCAGAUUGUGCAAGAGUCUCCUUUCCUGACCAUGGAUCUGUUGGAGUCUUGUUUCCCUUACGCUCUGUUGAGAAAUGCCUACCAUGCAGUUUUCAAGCAGUCUGACCACUAGAUUAGAUCAUAGCCUUUAUAUAUGUACUCACAUAUUGUGCUGAGCUGGGUGUACCCAACUAUAGUAAAUAUAGCCUGUACAUGUCAUGCCAGAAAUUUGUGACAUUGAUCUGCAUUACCAAGUAAACAUUUUGUAACUCUAACAUGAAAAGUAUUACUGAGUAAGACUUGAUGUAUUUGAAACCUCAAAGAUUUGCAAAGUGGAAAUUAACAAACACUUGUGCUGGAAGCUUUUAUAUAUAUAUAUAUAUACUACGCCUACAUCCUCUACCGCCACAUAGCUGCGCCAGCACAUUUUGUUAUUCACUUGUCCUACAAUAUGGUCACGUCAUAUCUCUGUAAGUGUUUUCAGUCUCUUAAGCUCCUCAUUUUGUUCACUUAAUUACUGUCUUAAGUCAUGAUGUUUGUUAUUCAUUUUCUUGACCAAUUUCUUACCAUGUUUUAUUCUGUCAUAGAUUUGCAUUUUUUUUUAAUUGUUUUAUGUAAAGAACCUUGAUUUAAUUGUAUAAGUGUUUUAUUAUGGCAUUGGCCAGUGCAAUAGUUAACAGUGCAGGUAGAUCCAAAUAUUUAGCUAGAUUUUGAAAUGUUUUUGCUCUUCAUUGCUAGUAUAUUUGGUGCAAAUAACUUUAUGUAAGUUUUGUACAAAAACAACCUUGUUAAUGGAACAAAACAGAACACAUACAUGUAUCAUUUGUAUGAUAUUUAGUUUGAGCUUAUGCUUGUUCAUACCACAUACCUUUUCUUUAAACCAUUUUGUAAAAUAAACCAAUAAUUAAAAUUAACUUACUGAUAAA